AUGCUCUACGUUCACGGUGUCGAAUAUUGGGAGCUGCUAGACGAAUCAUGUACAGUGACCGCAGACGUCUACAUUAGGAAUUUGAAGGCGAAUCUCGAAACUACACGUCCACAGCAGCACAAAGCUAAUUUCCAGCACGACAGCGCUCGGCCGCACAUUGCAAGAACGACCAAAACUGAACUAAUGAAUUGGGCUGGACAGUUCCACCACACCUACCACAUUCCCCAGACUUGGCUCUCUCGGAUUACCACCUUUUCUCUCAUCACCAUCAUCCAGACCUGCGACGACAUCAAAAUGGCACUCGAGCAGUUUUUCAAGGGCCAGCCCCUAGCGUUCUGA